CUGUUCUAUGGAAUUCUCUUUGAGAUUUUGACGUCCGGUUGCCUAUAGUUUUAACACGUGACAGUUCUUGUUAAUCGCAAAUAUUUCCUUGAUGAGUUGAUGUUGGAAUGAGUAAUUUUCCUACUAGGUAACAUAUUGUUAAAUUUCAUCACGGCACAUUCGCUUUAUUCGUGACAUUAGAAUCAACUCUCAUCUAGUUGAGUUUUAAUCUAUCAUAGAUUUUCUAGGCAAAAUAAGUUACAGUAGUGAACUUAUUUUCUACUGACAAUGGUACGAGCAAAUAAGAGGGAUAUCUUAAACAUAGGCAGUGUCCUGAACGAUUCUACUAGGCCUCUCAAGGAGCGAUUCCGUGCUCUAUUUACAUUGAGGAAUAUUGGUGGUGCAACAGCUAUAGAUCAGAUUCAUGCUUGUUUCAAAGAUCAAUCUGCACUGCUGAAGCAUGAAUUGGCUUAUUGUUUGGGCCAGAUGAAAGAUCCAGCAGCCAUUAGUAUUCUAACCAGUGUCUUGGAAGACCUAUCACAAGAGCCAAUGGUACGUCAUGAAGCAGGAGAAGCAUUGGGUGCUAUUGGUGAGCCUACUGUGAUCCCAUUAUUGGAAAAAUACAGCAAAGAUCCUGUGCCUGAAGUAGCAGAGACCUGUGAUUUGGCAUUGAGUCGACUGAGAUGGUUGGAGUCCAACAGCAAUGCAGAUGGUUCACAGAACAAUCCAUAUAUGACUAUUGAUCCUGCACCAGCUGCAGAAAUAACAGAUGUGCGUGUUCUGAGGAAGAUCUUGUUAGACCAAAGCGAAACACUGUUUAAUAGAUAUAGGGCAAUGUUCUCAUUGAGGAAUUUAAAUACUUUAGAGAGCAUUCUCACCCUCGUUGAAGGUUUGAAAACUGGCAGUGCCUUGUUCAAACAUGAGGUGGCCUUUGUAUUGGGGCAACUUCAGGAAGAGGCAUCUGUGCCGGGACUGCGGGCGUCGUUGGAGAACACGGACGAGAACGAGAUGGUCAGGCAUGAAUGCGCAGAAGCCUUGGGCUCCAUUGCCACUCCCGAGUGCUACGAGAUUUUGAACAAGUACCUGAACGACAGUAAAAGAGUUGUCCGCGAGAGCUGUAUAAUCGCCUUGGACAUGUGCGAGUACGAGAACAGCGCGGAAUUUCAGUAUGCAGAUACAUUGGCCAAGCUUCCUUGCACCGCGUAACGUUCGUCUUCAGAAUGCCUGAUGCACCUUAUUUCCGCGGAAAAAGAAGAGAAAUAUAAAUCACUUUCAACAUCUACACGCUCAACCGAACGUUCCAGUGAAACGCUGAAUAACGAAUUAAUAUGUUUAGCAUACUUAGGAAAUCAGUGUUUUUCUUUUCCUCAUUUCAACUCCCGACUAUGCUCCCGAUCGUAAUUGACUAUUAGUUUUGUAAGUUCCUUCUUUUCUAUCUUUUUUCUCAAACCUAAGUAACCUUUGUAAAUUUACGAUCUCAGUGAUCGUGAAUUGCAUAAUUACAGAAAGAAAUUUUAAUAGACAAAUAUCUCCGACAUGAUUUAUUUUUUAUAAUUUAUGACUAUACUGUAAAUUAGAGCAUAUGUCACAUUUGUCUGAACGUCUUGGCAAUUGAUUUUUAGACUCACUUUUUUAUGUUUGUUGAGAACUGAAUUGCAACGACCAUUUUAAGCAACUUAUUUUUUUUAUUAAGUGUAUAUAUAUACAUACAUAUAUAUAUUUUUUUUAGAUGAACAGAUUGUACUGUGUGCUAUUAGAGUGAAAUAUAUAAAUUAGACAAAUGUAUAAAUUAGCGUUGAAGAGAGAAGAAAUUAGAUUCCAAUGUAGUACCAAUUUAGCUAAAAAAAAAAAAGAAACGGGUCAAGUGAGGCCAGCCAUAACACCGUAUAAAUAUGAUUUAAACGGAAAAACGUAUGUGAAUUAACGUGAUGUUGAUGAGAAAUUAAUUACUUUAUGUAUGAAACGCGCAACAAACUCCAGGCGAACAUAUUAAAAAUCUAAAGAUUUAAAGAUUGUAAGAAAAUACAGAAAGUGCAAUUGGAAGGUACAGAAAUAA